AUGACGGUUCAUCUACUAUGGAUUAUUAAUCAGUCUGGCCAACUCAUCGCGAAGUCAGGAUUCACGUCACCAGCGAAUAUUGGGGAGCUUGGGGCAAAACCGGACCUUCAGCUCACCAUGUCCAGCAUUCUAUUCUCCACGUACGGCAUGUCACAAGAGUUGACGCCUAAUGCCAACCCCGUCGAUAGCGCUGGAAUGACGCUUGUGGAGCUUAGCGAGCACAAUAUUCACAUCUACGAAACCCCCACACUUGUGAAGUUUGUGCUCGUGUCAGAUAGUCGAACUGGCAAUUGUAAAGCCCUCUUCCGCGAGCUGCACUCACUCUACGUGGAGUAUGUGAUGAAGAAUCCUUUUCAUAUCGUAGACGAGGGUGGCAUUGGCCAGCCCAUCCGCAUCCCUGCAUUUACCGAGGCCGUCAAACGGGUGGUGGAUCGCUACCAUGCUGCAGGGACGCAGCCUGUGCUGAAAAAGUGA